AUGCUCAUGAGGUCCCCUGCAAAAGUCUCUCUUACGAUUCAAGUGUGUAUCCAAAUCGUGGUUCUCCGAGAUCUGAGCCCUGGUUUUGCAAAAAGUCAUGUCAAAGUUUCAAGUAAGAACAAAAUUCCUUCCAACUAUGGACUUGUUUUUCCGAUUGCCACUUUGGCCAACUGUGAUACGCAUCCAGUCUUGUGGAAUCCAUCGACAAGGAAAGUCAAGGGUAUCCGACGUUCACCCGCGUACAUUGAGAAUCGUAACUCCGAAAGGGAAAGGAGGCCAAAGCUUGACAUUAUCUAUGGAUUCGGCUAUGAUGAAUUUACAGAUGACUACAAAGUCAUAGAAAUAGUUGAUCCAGGAAAUAAAUGCACUGCAAGCAUUUAUAAUUUAAGGAAGAAUUAUUGGAAGAUAUUAUGGGACUGUCCAAAAUCACUUGAUGACUAUUCGUUUCUAGUGAAUGGAGCUCUUCACUGGAAGGCUAACCAUAAGCACAAGUCACCACGUGAUUUUGCUACUAGUAUUUUCUGGAUAAACAUGUCAACAGAGAUAUAUGGAGAGUUGGGUCUCCCUGAACAUGAUCAUAAGCAUAGUAUUACAAACAUGCGAACAACAAUAGGGGUACUAAGGGAUUGUCUUUGUGCUUCUUUCAACUAUUUCUAUGAUCGAUUGGACGUUUGGAUCAUGAAGGAAUAUGGUGCGGAAGAAUCGUGGUAUAAAUUUGUGUCCAUUCCGCACAAUUUAUGCAAUGACAAAUUUACCAGGCUUGUGUUCAUGCAAUGA